AUGGUGCGAAAUCCUAGUAAAGAUGGCCAAUGCAUGGCAAUGACAACAAGGAGUGGUAAGGUACUUUCUGACCUUGUUAUUGUAGGUACUGAGCAAAUGAAGGAUACAACUUCUGAGAUUGAUGAACAUGCACGGAGACAUAUCUAUAAGAAAGUUGAAGCAAAGGUAGAUCAUCCAUUGCCACCUCUUCAUAAGCCGCCACCACUAUUUCCCCAAAGACUAAAGAAAAAGGCUGAGGAUGGAAAGUUUCUGAAGUUUAUUUCUAUGCUUAAGGAGAUAUCGGUCUAUAUCCCAUUGGUGGAAUCACUAGAGAAAGGGCCAGGUUAUACCAAGUUCAUGAAGGAUUUAGUUACAAAGAAGAGAACAGUCUCUUUUGAGACAGCCGACAAUCUACAUCAUUGCAGCGCCAUUGUUACAAUGUCCUUGGUUGAAAAGAAAGAAAAUCAGGGCGCAUUCACCAUACCUUGCACAAUUGGUGAUUUUGAUUUCGCAAGGUCUCUAUGUGAUUUGGGGGCUAUUAUCAACCUUAUGCCGCUAGAUAUCUACAAACAGUUGGGCUUGGGUGGCCCUAAAUCGACUUCUAUGUGA